AAGAGCAAGAACUUUGUAGUCGGAACACGCUCCCAUUCAAAACCUCAAUCCCCGAAUGCCACUAGAAACGAGAAAGAGAAGCAGCUAAUAAGUCCUCCGCCGCCGCCCCUCUGCCUCUCGUCUCUACUGGCGUUGCCCGACUCCCGUCGUCUCUCUCGCUGUUUCUCAAGCGUAAUUCUCUCCGACCCUUCCUCGUCUUUGUCUUCUCUCUUCCUCUAUGGAUUCACGUAUACGUAUAUGUGUAAAAGAAUAGGUUUUUACCUAAAUAACUAUAUAGCUCUGCAUCCAUCUUUAUUGAAGCGAAUAGAUUGUAGUGAAUAUUGAUAUUGUGUUCUUGUGUACUGAUUAAGAUUGUGGGUCUGCUUAAAAAUCCAUAAGUAGGUUCGAGAUUUAUUUUUUUCUUAAAGCUACAGAUUUACUUGCGCAAUUUUUUUUUUUUUUUUUUUUUACAUUGAUUUGGACCUAAGCCCAAAACUGAAAUUUUGAAACGAUUUUGGAUUAUGAUAAAGAAUUAGAAUAGGAGUUAUCUGGUGUAUUGGGCUCAAAGAGUAUGGUGUAGACUUAGGGUUCUGGUUGUGGACCUUCGGCUUCAAUCUCUCUAAUUUCAUUUUUCAGCAGUGAAUUUUGUUCAUAUUUUCAGUAAAUUUGACAAAGGAUUUGAAAGAAAUGCUGGAGGGUCCUUAAUAGAAGUAAAACGGACAAGGAGGGUUUCAAGGACGUGAUUCAUACCUACUGUAAUUUCCUCACGUUCAAAAAUCAAGGAAAAAAAAUUUAAAACCAUAGAUGGUACAAAAAAGAUUACAUCAAGAAUCACAAUCUCUUAACGGAUUAGAAGUGAAUGACAUCUUAAAAAGAAAGAGACUCGUGAUUUAGGGAUUUGAUUUCACUAGAGUGGUCUAUUUCUCAAUGCUUAGACAGAAAUGGAUUGGUCAACUUUGUUGGGGAUAUAUUUUUUAGGAUAUUGAUAUUAAUUGUUCUUAAUUUCUUGGUUGUGUGCUUGUGGUGUGCUUAUUUUGCAUAACAACACUACAAAUGAUUGCUACAAAUUAAAUACUACUCGGAGAAAAUAUAUGACAGAUACAAUUUCUUACAUCAUGGAAAACAAAUCUUGGGAGAUGCAAAAGUUUGAAGGUAACUUAACAAAUGUCAUUGAGGCAGAAGAGAAAAAAAGAAGGCUCUGUUCCAUAGUAUGUGAAAGUGAAAACUUCUAGAAUGGUCUUCCAUAGUAUUGUGUGGUAACUGAUUUUGCAUAUCAGAAAAUUGGAAUUGCCCGGAUGAUAAUGAGUGCAGAUUUUCAUCAUGUUGCUCUGUUCCAGUCUUGGACUUUACUUUAGAACCUAUAUCAGAUGGCAGCUGAGACUCAUCAUUCUUUAACAAAAGCUGGUAGCUUUGACUUUGCUGAUUUGUUGCCUUUGAAGUUGACCAAGUUGCUGGUGCUGAAAUUGAUAUUAAGGCUUUUGAAAUUGUCGAGGUUGAUGAGAUUGUACAAGACUCUCUCUCCGUGAGUAAUUGGAUUGAAGGUACAUUUUCUCUGAUUGAUCAGUUGAAUGAGGCUUCAUCUUAAUCACCUGUUGAAUUGCAUACAUAUUCGACUGAUUGUCCAUCAAAGGAGAGCUUGCAUUGCGCAUGAACUGCAAGGAUCCUGCAUUAAACUUCUGAUCGUUCAUCAUCGACUCAACAGAGGUUACAGGAGCAUGCAAGUUUCCAGACUUCGAAGCAUCAGAAGAACCAAGUUCAUUUCUGUCACCUGAAAGCGGCCUAUUGUAUUAAGGAUGCAACUAAAAGGUAACAGAAAUAUGUUGAACACAUUUUCUCAGUGACGCAUUUUGAGAGAGAGAGAAAGUACCCUGCAUCACUGGUUGCUGAUGUUGAUCGAAAUGUUGGUGCCAGGAUUUUGGGGAGUUCCCAUGCAUGGUUCCCAUUAAAUACCCUCUGAAGUUCUCGGACCAUUCACUUGUGGUAUAUUGUUUCCAGUCACCCCUAGUCCACCAUUUAAGGACCCACUCAAUAAUCCAUAUGAUGUUUGGUGCAUGGUGGAUCUAUCCAUAUGACCAUCAAUAUUUUGCAACAUACGACAAUUUUGACCACCAAAAUGCUACAUUGGCUGUGAUCCAAUAGUAGAUUCAUCAGCUGCAAAUGCACUGACAUUAGAAAAUGACUCCAGGUUCAAGAGAGACUGAUUAUUGGCAUUAUUAUCCCGUUCGUUACUUGGAUUACUAAAUCCAGGAGUGGGGAUCCUUUGGCUGGUCAUUCUCUGUACUCUGGAUGUCAACAUGCUAUUUCCACCAGAACUGAUUGAGAAUCCAGUAGAUGACUGCUGAUAUCCACUGGCCAAAGCACCUGCCUGCAUAUAUAUGUCUUAUGAGACAGGAAUUACAGAAGGUGAGUUGAUAGCUAUACUCAUUUCCAAAGAAAUAAGACAUAGAAGCAUUAAAUAAACUAAAGAACCAUCAUGCACAGUUCCAGAUGACCACUUUCCAGAUGGCAAGAAGAUUUCAGAAUUGACAGUGGGAAAAUGCAAUUGUAUUACCAUUGUUAGCAACAAUGGAACUAUUGACUGACGAAGCUCUUGUCUGGAUUGAAUUCCCUGUUCGAGGCAAUCCAGGGCUCAGAAUCAUUUUACCAAUGGAAGAGAGAGUAUUGGCAUGUGAAUAAAUUCAAGUAGACUAAAAACUCUUAAUCCCAAAGAAAGACAAGCUUCUUCAGGAGUAUAAUGUUGAGGGAGAAACAUUCAGUCAAGUGCAUGCGAUCAUUACCAAGGAUAUUUAAUGAAUGUGAAAAGGUGAAAUUGCAAUUGAAAACUCAAAAAGGGAGACUAAGCAAUGGGAGCAUAUCUAGCGAAACGCGAGCCUCAUAAAGAAAAUGUGGGAAGAAAGCUGGUUAAGGAGUACUUGUAGGCUAAUGAAGGACUUGGAACCAUGGGCUUGUGAGUGCUCAGUUUUUUAAAGAUAAACUUCAGCACAAUGAACAAUUCAAAGAUCGUCAAUUCGUGGAAUAAAAAAAUGAUGUUUAUGAAGCGAUUCUACUGUAGAAACAGUAAGUAUAAAACAGAGGAUUUGGUGGAUGCGCGCAUCAUUAAAACAGGUUUUGAUCUGGGCACUUGUCGCUCCAACUUCCAGUUGAAAAAUUUUGUUAGAAGAACAGAGAUUACUGAGGCACGCCAACUGUUUGACCAAAUGCCUCGAAAAAACACAUGUUCAGUGAACAUGAUGAUUACGGGUUAUGUUAAGUCAGGCAGUCUUUCUUAUGCGAGGGAUUUAUUUGAGAAGAUGGUUGAUCGAACAGCAGUGUCAUGGACAAUAAUGAUUGGUGGAUACUCACAGAACAAUCAGCCUAAAGAAGCUUUUAAUCUAUAUGUUGAGAUGUGUAGGUCAGGGAUUAAACCAGAUCAUGUCACCUUUGCCACUCUCUUAUCAGGCUGUGAUGACACCAUGUCCGGAGAAGACAUAAAUCAAGUUCAUGUCCAUAUUACUAAAUUAGGAUUUGACUCAACUCUCGAAGUUUGUAAUAGUUUGGUGGAUUCUUACUGCAAAUCUCAAAGCUUUGAUUUAGCUUUUCGGCUCUUCAAGGACAUGCCAACAAGAGAUUCUAUUUCUUUCAACACAAUGAUAACAGGGUAUUCGAAAGAAGGGUUGAAUGGACAAGCAAUCAAACUCUUCUUUGAAAUGCAAUAUUGUGGUUUAAGGCCAACAGAUUUCACUUUUGCAGCAUUGCUAUGUGCGAGUGUUGGAUUAGAUGGUUUUGCCCUUGGGCGACAAGUCCAUGGACUUAUAAUCAAGACCGAUUAUGUUUGGAAUGUAUUUGUUAGCAAUGCAUUGCUUGAUUUUUACUCCAAGCAUGAAUGCUUAGGGAACGUUAGAAAACUCUUUGAUGAGAUGCCAGAGUUGGAUGGUGUUUCUUAUAAUAUUGUCAUCACUAGUUAUGCAUGGAAUGGGAAACUAAAAGAAUCUUUUGAUCUCUUUACAGAGUUACAGUUAACCGGGUUUAGUAGAAGAAACUUCCCUUUUGCAACGAUGUUAAGCGUUGCUGCAAAUACCCAAGAUCUGCAAAUGGGAAGGCAAAUCCAUGCACAGGUACUUGUAACAACAGCUGAUUUAGAAAUUCAAGUGGAGAAUGCACUUCUUGAUAUGUAUGCAAAAUGUGGCAGAUUUGACGAAGCCAAUAUUCUAUUUGCAAGUUUUGAUGGCAAAAGCUCUGUUCCAUGGACGUCCAUGAUAUCGUCUUAUGUACAGCUAGGACUCAACGAGGAGGCACUCAAAUUAUUCAAUGAAAUGCGUACAAAUGAUGUUAGUGGAGACCAAGCAACUUUUGCAAGUACCUUAAAAGCCUCAGCAAAUUUGGCUUCACUUUCACUGGGGAAACAGUUGCACUCAUCCAUUUUCAGAUCCGGAUUUAUGUCAAAUGUGUUUUCAGGAAGUGCACUUUUGGACAUGUAUGCAAAAUGUGGGUCUAUAAAGGACGCCAUCAAGGUUUUCCAAGAGAUUCCCGAUAGAAACAUAGUAUCUUGGAAUGCAAUGAUCUCGGCAUAUGCUCAGAACGGAGAUGGUGAAGCCACUCUUAUAUCCUUUAAGGGGAUGAUUGAAUCAGGUCUUGAUCCAGAUCCAGUGAGUUUCCUCAGUGUCUUAGCUGCCUGCAGCCGUUGUGGACUUGUUAAUGAAGCGAUGUGGUAUUUCAAAUCCAUGACUCAAACUUACGGACUUGUUCCAAGAAGAGAACAUUACUCGUCUUUGGUUGACGUACUCUGUAGAAGGGGAAGAUUCAAAGAAGCAGAGGCAUUUAUGAAUCAAAUGCCAUUUGAGCCAGAUGAGAUCAUGUGGUCAUCAAUUUUAAACUCAAGCAGGAUCCAUAAGAAUCAAGAGAUUGCUAAGAAAGCUUCAGAACAACUUUUCAACCUGGAUGUGCUUAGAGACGCUGCAUCUUAUGUUACCAUGGCUAAUAUCUAUUCUGAAGCUGGUGAGUGGGAAAACGUGGCCAUGGUGAAGAAAGCAAUGAGAGAACGUGGAGUUAAAAAGGCUCCUGCCUAUAGCUGGGUUGAAAUUGAUCAUAAAGUUCAUGUGUUCACCGCCAAUGAUAGGACACAUCCAAAUACUGAGGAGAUACAAAGAAAGAUCAACUAUUUGGGAAAACUGAUGGAAGAGGAAGGCUAUAAGCCUGACACCAGUUGUACCCUUCAAAAUGUAGACGAGGAUACUAAAGCAGAAUCACUUAAAUAUCAUAGUGAGAGGUUAGCCAUUGCAUUUGCACUGAUCAGUACACCGGAAGGAUCACCUAUACUGGUCAUGAAAAAUUUAAGAGCGUGUACAGAUUGUCAUGCUGCUAUAAAGGUGAUUGCAAAAAUUGUUAACAGAGAAAUUACUGUAAGGGAUUCUAGCAGGUUCCACCAUUUUAAAGAUGGAUCUUGUUCAUGUGGGGAUUACUGGUGAGAUUGUAGAUUAAGAAGCAUCAAUUUCCAGUGAACUAAUCAAAUAUUGUUGUCCAAAUUGCACUUUUUUGAGAGCAAGCAUCAGAACUCAGCUGGUAAUAAAUCAUCAUUCUUCUGUUUUA